CCCGCCCGUCCCGCCAUGGCGGCGGCCUUCACCGCCCUCCGUGCCCUGCUCGGGCUCUUCUUCCUCCUCACGGGCGCCCUGAAGGUCUCGGACUGGCUCUCCGCCGAUCUGCACCGGCACAUGGCAUCGGAGUUCGUGCGCUUCGCCAAGGUGUUUCCCCUGAAGGAGCUGGGGUUUGUGCCGGAGCCGGGCACGUACCUGGUGGCCGUGGGCUGGCUGGAGGUGACGGCCGGGCUGUUGCUGGCAUUUGGGCCCCAGCUGCUGCAGGAGAUCAGCAACUUCAUCCUCAGCGUCGUCAUGAUCGGUGCCAUCUACACGCUGCUGGCGCUGCAGGAGCCGCUGGCCAUGUGUGCCCCAGCCACCCUGUGCCUCGGCCUCCUCCUGCUGCUCAACAUCCGCGGGUACCCAGCUGCCCCCCGGCCCAAGUUCGAGUGACGAGAGGCAGGAAGGACAGACGGCUCGGCCGGUGGGAAGCAACGCCUUUAUGGUAUUUUCAGGGACGACAUCGCGUCCUGCAGGGUAACUUGGUGACGAGACACUGUGUGUCCUCUCCUGCCUCUGCCGGUGACUCUGGUGCUGGUUGUCCCCACACUACAGGACCUGGGCUGGUGCUGUGGGACGGUGGCUGUGGCACCACGGUGACACUGCUGUGGCACUGCUCCGGCAGCUCCGUUGCUAAACUCACACAAGUUGUCCGACUCUUUCCAGCCUUCGGCCGCACUGAGCAGGGGCUGGCUCUGCUCUCUCGGGGGCUUUCAAAUUUUGGAAUAAAAUGUCUGGUUUUUCA